AUGCAUACUCCUAAAAAAAAGAAGCUUGAGGAGGGAUUUUAUCCUAGAUCGCAGUACGAAGAUGGACCGGAUUCCCAGCUUUCCGUCGGCUACAACUGCUUGACUCAAACGAACUACGAUCAAGAGUUCUACAACCCAGUCGACAAGAGAAUUAUUUUGAACAACAAUCUGAUCAAUUUGAACAUCGGGGGAACCAAGUACACUACCACUCUGUCCACCCUGGAGAAGGACAAGGACUCGACCCUGUACAAAUACGUAUACCACUCACUCAACGGCCUGCCGCUUCCGGACGAUGACGGCGACUACCGCGGGUUUUUCAACUUUACAGACUCGAACUCGGGAGGAAUUAUGGAGAUAUUCAUUGACCGAGACGGUAAGAUAUUUCAGUACAUUUUGAACUUCCUGAGAGACGGGGUCCUCAUUUGUCCUGAAGACAACUUCACAUACCGCUCUCUGCUCUCGGACGCGAGUUUCUACGGCCUCAGUUCACUCGAGAAGGUCCUCGCCUCUAAAUUUGAGCCUGAUUACGACAUGCCUUCUACUCCAGUCCGCGUGCAACGAGAUCCGGACUUUGUUCUGAAAUCACAAUCGCAAAACUCACAAAUUGACCGCCAUGAACCGAUUUCGCUCACACACUCUCAGUCGAAUGAGGUUAUUAUGCCAAAUUAUAACGUAUUCCUUCGCGUUGACGACAGUGAUAAUAUCGAGGAGGCCAUGAGUUUUGUUCAAACCACACCAGUAAGGUCUCUCGGUGAAGAGACCUUUUCAACGACAGCUGAUUUUUAA